AUGACAGUGUCGUUCCUGGUCCCCACGCUGGACCUCGACUACUGCCUCGAACAGCUUCUAGACCACAAGCCGCCCCGGCUUUUGCCCGAAGACACCGUGCACCAGCUCUGCCAUCUGCUCAAAACACAGCUUCUCAGUGCUCCCAACAUCAUCUCGCUAGCGACGCCGUGUACGGUGGUGGGCGACAUCCACGGCCAGUACCACGAUCUUUUGGAGAUCUUCCGCAUCGGGGGUGCACCGCCGACGACCAACUAUGUGUUUCUCGGCGACUAUGUAGACCGCGGGUAUUAUUCUGUAGAAACAAUCACGUUAUUGGUGGCCCUUAAGCUUCGGUACCCGAGCCGCGUGGCUCUCAUUCGGGGAAACCAUGAGUCUCGAACUAUCACCACCAACUAUGGGUUCUAUACUGAGGUGCUCAACAAGUACAGUGGCUCGCUUAAGGUGUGGAACUACUUCACGGACUUGUUCGACUACUUGCCGCUUGGCGCGACCAUCGACGGCACGAUUUUCGCCACGCACGGGGGGCUUUCACCUUCGUGCCAGAAACUAGACCAGGUGCGUGUGAUCGACCGUUUUAAAGAGAUUCCUCAUGACGGCGUGAUGGCCGAUUUGGUGUGGUCCGAUCCAGACCCAGAUAUCACUGACUUUAAGUUGUCGCCGCGCGGCGCCGGGUACUUGUUUGGACGUGAUGUGAUGGACAAGUUCUGCCACGAAAACGACUUGGUGCAGCUCGUGCGCGCGCACCAGCUCUGCAACGAGGGCUUUGUCAGCUACUGGAACGGCAAGUGUCUCACGAUCUGGUCCGCGCCCAACUACUGCUACCGGUGCGGGAACCUGGCCAGUGUGCUUGAGAUCUCCCAUUCGAACUAUGCGCUGAAAGAGCGCAAGGACCAGACCUUUUUGCCAGGACAGUACUGUAACGUGUUUGAUGCUUCUCCGGAGAAUACAGAGGACACGCAUGAGGGCCGCAGUGUCAACGGCAUCGGCGGCGCCACGGACAUCCUCACCACUUCUCUUUAUGAACGGCCGGGCCGUCACGUCGAGUAUUUCCUCUAG